AUGGCUGAAGAAGAACCAGAAUUUCAAUUGAGUGAAGAACAAAUCGCUGAAAUUCGCGAUGGAUUCAAUAUGUAUGACAAAGAACGAAAGGGUGAAAUUCCAACAUCUAUUCUUGGAACAGUCAUGAAAAAUCUUGGACAUAAUUUAAAACCUGAUCAAUUGGCUGACUGCAUUGAUGCUGUUGAUGGUGACGGUAGUGGUACUGUUGACUUCGAGGAAUUUCUUGCUUUGAUGUCCAAGAAAACAAAAGAAGCUGAAGAUGAACGAGAAUUACGUGAAGUAUUUCGUGUAUUCGAUAAAAAUAGCCGUGGUGUCAUUGAUGUAGCAGAUUUAAAAAUGAUUUUUAAGGCACUCGAUCCUGACAUGCCAGACGAUGAAGUAGAACAAAUUAUUUCGGAAGUCGAUGAAGAUGGUUCUGGUACAGUUGAUUAUGAAGAAUUUUACAAAUUAAUGACAGGCUAA